AACCUCCAACCAAACAAACUCGACCAUCACUGUCUCCCGUUCUUUUACAUUUUCUCACUCCCACUCUCUGUCCCUCUCUUCUGCCGUCGGCCGUAACCAGAAUCGCAGUCUAAUUCGGGAUCUCGGAACUCACCGGAUCUGCCAAUAUACAUAUAUUUAUAUCUCAAGAUCGCAUAAAGAUGAGUACUGGCGAGCUGCUUAAUAUCCACCCUCAAGACCUCGAAUUCCCUUUUGAAUUGAAGAAACAGAUCUCUUGUUCUCUACAGUUGUCUAAUAAGACCGACAAUUAUGUGGCUUUCAAGGUUAAGACGACGAAUCCAAAGAAGUAUUGUGUUAGGCCUAACACUGGGGUUGUCCUGCCCAGGUCUACAUGUGAUGUUAUAGUUACAAUGCAAGCCCAGAAGGAGGCACCUCCUGAUAUGCAAUGCAAGGACAAGUUCUUACUUCAAAGUGUAGUGGCAAGUCCUGGAACGACAACAAAGGAUAUAACUGCCGAGAUGUUCAAUAAGGAGGCCGGACAUCAAGUUGAAGAGUCCAAAUUGAGGGUUGUUUAUGUAGCUCCACCUCAACCACCAUCUCCAGUUCGGGAAGGAUCAGAGGAAGGUUCUUCCCCUCGGGUUUCAGUAUCAGACAAUGGUAGCUUGAAUGCUUCUGAAUUUGCACCGGCUUCAAGAUCUUAUGUCGAGCGAGUUGAGCCUCAAGAUAAUUCAUCUGAGGCAAGGGCUCUCAUUUCAAAGUUGACCGAAGAAAAGAACUCUGCCAUUCAACAGAAUAACAAGCUUCAACAGGAACUGGAGCUUCUGAGGCAUGAAGUCAGCAGAAAUCGAGGUGGUAUUUCACUCAUGUAUGUUUUUCUUGUUGGCUUGAUUGGUAUCAUUUUGGGAUACCUCGUGAAGAGGACAUGAUCAAGGGGGUAAACACUGUAUCCUUUAUGCCAUUCCGUAGAUGAGAAAAAUUAAAAUGUAGAAAGUUGAAAGCCAAAUGCUUGACUGAUAAAUCCAGGACUUUUUCUCCAUGUAUUAUUUACUGGUAACUAAGGCGUCAAGCUUAACUCUUGAGAGGAAACUUUUGUUCUUUUUAUUACCCAAUUUAUGGUGUGAGCGGGGUAACCAACUCAGAGUCUCAGAUUUGUGGCUUUUAUAAUAGUGUAUUUAUGAUGAUUAAGGGCUUUACCAAUUUAA